AUGUCACCUCCAUACAACGCCACCACCACUGCGACCGAGCUGGUGACCGAGUAUGCUAACCUCAUCCAAGGCAAAGUCAUCCUCACAACUGGUGUUUCACCAGGGUCACUAGGUGGCCACUUUGUUGAGGCAAUCUCAAAAGCCAGCCCUAGCUGUUUGAUUCUCGCUGGCCGCAGCGCUGCCAAGCUGGACCAAUACUCCAAAGAGCUGGAGAAAGUCAACCCAAAUCUCAGAAUAAUCACACUAUUGGUUGACUUAGGCUGCUUGACCAGUGUGCGUAAGGCCGCGAGCUAUAUCAACAGCCACGAAAGAAUCCCUGCUAUUGAUGUUCUGGUCAACAAUGCCGGCAUCAUGGCUUCGGAAUAUUGUCUGUCAGAGGACGGAAUCGAAUCUCAGUUCGCGACAAAUCAUCUCGGGCCAUUCCUGUUCACAAAUUUGAUCAUGGAUAAAAUCCUCAAGUCGGAAAGCCCGAGGGUCGUGAUUGUCAGUAGUGAUGGGCAUCGAUUGAGUCCUAUCCGUUUUGACGAUCACAACUUCGACGGUGGCAAGACUUACAACAGAUGGGUAGCAUACGGCCAGGCGAAGACUGCUAACAUGCUGAUGGCGCUGUCACUUGCGUCCAAGCUUGCCCAUCGUGGCCUUCAAGCCUUCAGUUUACAUCCGGGUGUUAUCUUCACCAAUCUGGGGAGUCAUCUCGACUGGAACACAGAUGUUGGACUCCAAUCCAUCGAUAGGCAACUUGGAAACCGCGAGGGAUGGCAAGGCUUCAAUCUCAAAUCCUUGGAUUGCGGUGCUGCUACUCACGUCUAUGCAGCAUUUGACCCUGCUCUGAAAGGUAGUCCCAUUCCAGUCUAUGUUGUAGAUACAUUUGUGCCAUGGCCUUGA